GAGAGAGAGAGAGAGAGAGAGAGGUGUUUCUGCUGGGGAAGGUACAUUGUAAUGUCACAUGUCGUGAAUCAGUGCCAAGCGACCCCACCAGAGAGAGAGAGAGAGAGAGAAUCUUUUCUGGGAAUAAAAAAAAGACGGGUGAAAUCCCAGGAAAUUGCACAAAAUCAUUUUGGUUGUUUCACUCCAGCACACAUCACUUCGCUCGUGUGCGUGUGUGUGUGUGUGUGAGAGAGAGAGAGAGAGAGAGGGAGCUGUUGUGCAACACUUGGAAUCGCUAAAGAAUCAGUGUGAUUCCACAUUCAAAGGAGUAGAUUUGUGUUCGAGCUUUGCACUAGAAGAAGUUGUGGGUCGUUUGGGAACGAGUUGUUCUUUGAGGUCUACUGGUGUACAGUUAAGUCGACUUUUGGACGCUAAGGAAACGCCAUUUCUUGUUUGACGGUUUUCUUCGGUUUGGCAAUCAAGACUGCAGCUUAAAAUCUCCAUCUCCAAUUCAAUGCUGAUGCCCAAAUUGCAAGAAUGUAUGGUACUAGGGUUCUAAAAUGUCCAACUUUAGAGAGACGAAACACUGAAGAAUAGCAAAAGUUGUAGAUUUCUUUAGCAGACCCUUAUGUCAUUGAUACUUAAAUCAGGGACUACAAGUUCACUAGCUUCUCUUACUAUGUAGGCUCGUUGUGGGGGGAAAAGUUGAGAUUUGUGUUUAUGUAACUUGGUCAAUCUUGGCUCAAUCACCUAGAGAAAGUUUGUGAAGACUUCUUCGAUUCAGGAAUAUUUGGGUUAGAUUUCUGAGUAAAUAUAUUUCUAUAUGGUUAAAAAUGUCAGAAACUGUAAAGGAAACAAGAUCUUUGGCUUUGACACCAACGUGGUCUGUUGCUGUUGUGUUAACGAUCUUUGUCGUCGUUUCCUUGCUUGUGGAGCGAUCAAUUCACCGCCUAAGUUAUUGGUUGCGGAAGACUAAUCGAAAACCUUUGCUUGCUGCUGUAGAGAAAAUGAAAGAAGAGUUAAUGCUGCUUGGCUUCAUAUCCCUAUUUCUUACAGCUACCUCAAGCAUUAUAUCAAAUAUUUGCAUCCCAUCAAAGUUCUAUGGUAGUACAUUUGCCCCAUGUAGCAGGUCUGAGAUUGACGGCGAAAUGGAUAAGAGUUCUUCCAAGGAGCGUAAACUUUUUGCCACUUUUACUCGCCCUUACUCAUUUAGGAGAGUGUUGAAUGGCUUAAAUCAGAAUACCUGCAAAGAGGGUAAUGAGCCAUUCUUAUCGUACGAAGGUCUUGAGCAACUGCACCGAUUCAUCUUUGUCAUGGCAGUUACGCAUGUAUCUUACAGCUGCUUAACAAUGUUGCUGGCAAUUGUGAAGAUCCACAGCUGGAGGGUAUGGGAAGAUGAAGCUCAUAUGGACCGGCACGAUUCAUUGACUGAAAUCACAAGACAGAAGACAAUGCGAAGGCAAUCAACCUUUGUCAACUUUCAUAUGUCAAAUCCUAUGGUCAAGAAUAGACUUCUUAUUUGGGUGAUCUGUUUCUUCCGUCAAUUUGGGCGUUCGGUGGUCCGCGCUGAUUACCUUACACUACGCAAGGGCUUUAUCACUAACCACAACCUUUCAUCAAAAUAUGAUUUUCACAGCUAUAUGAUUCGUUCUAUGGAAGAAGAAUUUCAAAGGAUAGUGGGGGUGAGUGGCCCACUCUGGGGAUUUGUUGUGGCUUUUAUGCUGUUUAAUGUGAAAGGGUCUAAUCUCUAUUUCUGGAUAGCGAUAAUUCCUGUCACUCUUGUUCUAACUGUGGGCGCAAAACUGCAACAUGUUAUUGCAACCCUUGCAUUGGAGAGUGCUUGUAUAACUGGAUUCUUUCCAGGAUCAAAGUUAAAGCCCCGAGAUGAACUUUUUUGGUUUAAGAAGCCAGAGUUGUUGUUGUACUUAAUCCAUUUUAUCCUUUUCCAGAAUUCGUUUGAGCUGGCUUCAUUUUUUUGGUUCUGGUGGCAAUUUGGGUAUAAUUCAUGCUUUAUCAACAACCAUAUGCUGAUGUAUUUUCGCCUAAUUUUGGGGUUUGCUGGACAGUUCUUAUGCAGCUAUAGCACCUUGCCUUUAUACGCACUAGUUACUCAGAUGGGAACAAACUACAAAGCAGCCUUAAUUCCACAAAGAAUAAGAGAGACUAUCCAUGGAUGGGGGAAGGCAGCUAGGAGGAAGAGACGGCUUGGCAUUUAUACUGAUGAUUCAACUAUACACACAGACACGAGCACAGUGUUAUCAGUUGAGGAAGACGAUCACCAGUUGCUUGAUAGUCCUCGAGUUGCUCAUGGGGCAGGCAGAGAAAUCGAAUUACAACCAUCUACCAUCAUUACUGCUAGUCCUGCUGGAGUUGCUAAUGAAACUGCAAGUCGGGCUGGUACACCUCUUCUUCGGCCCUCUGCUUCUGUUUCUUCCACUGUUUCGUUGGGUUUUCUGCCUGAAGGUUUUACAAGAUCAUCUUCUAUGCCUGUCAGAAGAGAAUGAACAGUGAUUAUUAUGAUAGCAACAAAAUUAGAAGACAACAAAUUGAAAGUUUUCUGUCAACACUGUAGCAGGUUGUUAGUUGUGACAUGAUUAGUGUAGAAGAAAGAUAUCAUUACCCAAGCAGAUACUUGAAGCAUCAAAAUGAACCUUAUUUCUCCUAGCAAUAUCCCCAAGCACGUUAUAUAUGUAUGUGUGUGCGCGCUAUUAUAUGAUCAAGUUUAGGCAAAAUAUUAUCGCGCUUUCAAUCCAAUUGUAUGUUGCCAUGUAGGGAUUCAAAUUUCGUUGAUGUUGAAACCACAAAAUGUGUUUUUUUAUUUCCACAUUCAGUUCUUCACGGUUGCAUCAUUUUGGUUCAAACUUAUUUCA